CCAACUUCCAACUCUUUGAAAACCAAAAAGCCUAGUCAACAACAUCUAUCCCAAUUACCCCAACGUACCACGCACCCAAUCAACAGCAACCAGCCAGGAAAAUGAACAACCCAAUCCUCAACCCCAUCCCCGUCUUCAAACGGCGAUUCUUCGGCGAACGCGACUCCGACGAAGAUUCCCCCAGCUCCAAUCUCACCGACUCCGACUCCGACCAUCGCAAGCUCAGGUCCCCAAAAUGGACCACCGCGGAAGAAGACGAGUGGUACGAAGGGCCCUCGCGCGAAUGGGGCGGCAAACCCCCGCCGACUUCCCAGGAAAUCGAGGAAGCCCAAGCCCAGGCGGAGGCGGCCGCGCGACGGGCCCAGCGGCGCCAGAAGCGGGCCGAGGCGCUGGAAGCGCUGCGCUCGCGCUCGCCAAUCGAGCCCCUCGUCAACGAGUUCGACGAGACGAUGGACCGCCUGGACAUCACCACGGCGCUGUACCAGGCGGCCACCUUUAUCGACGAGGAGCAGGAUCGGGAGGCGGAGCACUAUGUCGAGGAGGCCAUGCGCACCGCCCAAAGGUUGGGCGAUCAAACGGCCCUGGCGCGGUGCCAGUACUGGCAGGGUCGAGUCGAGUUUCUCCGGGAAAACUAUGAGGCGGCGCACCGGUGUUUCCAAGCGUGUCGGGACAUGGUAGUCGAGGCGCCGGAGGGCGAGACGGUGAAGCAGUACUCGCAACUCUCACGGCCGGGAGGGUUGACCGAGGAGGAACGUUGGCGCUGGGGGGAAGAGGAGCAGGAUGGGGCCCAGCGGUUGUAUGGGGGCUCCUCGAGGUCGGCCAGUCACGCCUCUAUAGACGGCUUCCAUAUCCCGGCUUUCGAGGAGGAAGGUUGGGAGCAUGACCAUUCUCCCGAGCCGGCCAGUCCUUUAUCCAUGGGCUCGCACAAACCCCCAUCUCAAGGCAUUGAGUCGGCAACAGAGGACAGCAUCCCUAAAUCACCCUCUCAUUCACUCCCUCGAUCACUCCCUAAAUCCACCCCAAAAUCACCCACAGAAAACACGCCCUCUGAGGACGUCAACCGCCCACGAAGGAUCCUGACACCCAAAUCAUGCAAGCGCUUCGUGGCCGGGGAAGUCGACAGAGGCGGACUGCAGCUGCACCGCAGCCAGAAGCAAUUCACCUUCGAGAUGUACCCGCAGGAGAUGGCGCCACGCACCCGACCGACCGCGAUCUUCCCGGAGCAGGUUAACGAGGUCCUCUCGUGGGCGGAGAAAAAUCAGGUGUUGAACGACGAGCAGGUGCGAGAACGGGGGGUCACGAUGCACUACCUGCGAAGAGAAGCGCAAAAGUACCAGAAAGCGGUACGGCAAAAAAAAAGGGAGACAUGGAGAAGUCUGGUGCGAGGUACUUGCACGAUCAUGUAGGGCAGCUCUGCCGGCGGAGACUACUUGAGAUCAGAGUGAAAGAAGUUUAGGUUUGCCAAACGAAUCCUAUUCCACUGAAUGCAGCCGAAGAUA